CUGGGCACACAACCGUGUAUAAAUAGGAAUCAACAAUGCUCACACACAGCAGCACUCCUCUGGGACAGGAGCUCACAGAACUACACCGAAACAACCCGGCAAAAACUCCUGUCCAACCAUGAACGGCAAACUCGUGGCWGUCCUGGCUCUUUUCCUGAUCUCAGCAGCUGUGUCUCAAGGUAGGACCCUGGCAAGGAUGGGAACSGAGCUGCGGUGCCAGUGCAUAGCCACUCAUUCCAGGUUCAUUCCCCCGAAAUCKAUUCAAGAUGUGAAGCUGACACAGAGCGGCCCCCACUGCAAGAAUGUUGAAGUCAUAGCUACUCUGAAGGAUGGCAGAGAGGUGUGCUUGGAGCCCACUGCACCAUGGGUACAGCUGAUUAUAAAGGCAAUCYUGGCCAGGGCUCAACAAAAUUCUGACUCUCCUCUCUAAGAAACACCAGGACAGGAAAAAACCUGGGAACUGCUCCUACUCCUCCAUCAAGAGAAAUAUUUGKGGAAAGCAUCAUUCAAGCAUUCUUCCACCUCCUGCGUCAAUGUUAUGAUGCUAAUUCCCAAUGGGUUUAUUUAUUUAUCUAUUUAUUUAACUCUGCGUUUAUUUAAGGAAUUCUUGGACAAUGGUCAGUGUGGUCCAUGGGACACGGUGCCCAUGAUGCUGAAGGAAAAGUGGUUUGCUGAGGGAGACUGACAACCCUUGGCAGACACUUUAGCCAAACACGUGCAGUGGGGUGCAAUGCACCUGUAGCACAGCUUAUUYACACUAAGCCUUAUAAUUUUGCUAUUUCACCAGCAAACUCGUGAAUCCUCCUGCUCCCCUGGAGUGCACUUGUAUGUUGUGUCAACAACAGCUUCCUGAACCAUGGUCAGCCUGUGGCCAGACUGUGAACUGUAAUGUCUAACUUGAAAAGCCAAACUUACAGAAUGUGUAAGACUGUACUUGGUAUUUAUGUCYUGUGAUUUCCAUGGUAUUUAUAAAUGUAUUUAUUGAGUAGCCUUUAUGUAAGAGAGAAAACAUUAUAAUUUAUUGCAUUUCUAGUGGAUUUUUCAUUCCUGCUAUUCAUUUCUGAAGAAAUAUUCAACAUCUCAUUACUCUGUACUUGAUUGCAUGCCUAAUUAGCUACUCCAUCAGCUAAUAGAAAAAACUGCAUUUUACAUACACAGAAUUUGAUUGUGAGAGUGUAAUUAUUUCUAUUACCACGUUAUUAAAAGUUUU